AUGGAAAACGAAUCUCAGUAUGAUCAACAAGUGGAAAUCGAAGCAACACGUAGAUUUCAAUCAUUUAAACUAGGAAAACCAGCUCCCCCUACGCUUAUGACCACCACUUCGUCCAAUGCGACGAAACAUCAACACAGAAGAUCUCACUCGCGAAAUGCAUCCGUUGUUUCUUUCAAGCCUCACGACAACUCUACGACCCCCUCGUCCCUUCCAACACACCAUUCUACUCCAUCUUUAAGUUCUACUUCAUCAACUCAUACCUCUUUACCGUCGUCCACCAGUCUACCCUUGCACAAUCUAAAUGGUUCCAUUUCUGGCAAGAGGAACUCUCAUCAUCGUCGACGCUCCUCCGUCAGUACACGUACCGAAUCAGCCGAGAUCAUGGGUUUCCAGUUACCCGACCUACCAAAGUCGUCGCCAAAUGGGUAUAGCUCUGGUUCUGACGAUGAUAAGGACUCCAUCAGAAGAAGGGCCUUGUGGGCCUUGGAAGGGAAAAAUUCUCAAGCAGUCAUCGGCUUUCAGAAAGUGGAAAUCCCGGACAUGAGUGUGAUGGAUAGCAUUGGUGUUGAUAGGCCACUUGAGUUCCCUUCCAAGCCUUCAUUCCCUGCCGGCUCUUCACACCGAGAUUCUUUCAAGAUCAAACCCUCUUCUUCGGCAAAAGAUCAACUUCAUACCCUCGUUGAAGAGGAGGAGGAGGAAGAAGAAGAUCCACCACGCUCACCUGCCAGGUCCUAUGCAGUCAAGUACACUCCCCCGCUCAUGAAUCUGGUGCGAACACGGACUGUCAGUUCACCAUCUCCCGUGACGUCUCCAACUUACGCCGAGAAGGUUAAGGUUAAUCAACAACCUCUGGAAGCCAGACGACCACGCCCUCUCAGCCUAAAACCUCUUUCGCUCACCCCGGAGUCGAUCUCCCUUCCUACACCCCCCACAAUUUCGCCUAGUCCGGCUCCGCCCGUCAAAGGUCUUAAAGUGCUUUCUUUGACAUCCUCCCCCGCUGUUGAGAAUGCAGGACCCCAGGCACAUACAGCUUUAGCUAGGGGACGACCCGUUCUUCAUAUCAAUCCAGAGGUGGUCACAUCGUAUGCUCACGUCGCUGCCUCCUCCACGUCAUCUAUCGCCUCCGCCUGGUCGGAGGACAAAGAGAAAGACAAACCCGUUCGACGGAGUUCGAUUAGCUAUAAAUCGUCGACUAAUGCACACGGAUUACCUACUCCUGAUCAGACACCAACUUGGAGUGAAAGAAGGUUCUCCACCUCUUCCUCCGUCUCCACGUCAACGUCUGAAGACCAAGAGGGGUUUUUUCGGGACUCCUCUCAUACCUCCCACACCUCUCAAUCCUCGGGAUAUGUCCUUGAUAAACACAGCUCGUCCCCGUCCUGGGCAAACCAUCCCCUAAGUGCUUCUGAGCAGCAUUUUCUCUUCAAAAGUCACAACGCACUCCUUGUAAGAAUUCAAGAUCUAGAAAGAACGCUGAGCGUUCGUGUUAGAAGAGAACGGGAGAUGGAGUCGAGGAGAGAUUCACUGUCUCCUUCUCCUCAUAUCCAGACACGGCCAUUGUCCACUGGAUCAGAUAUAACAUCUUUUUCCGAUGAGGGGCUCUCGGAUGCCGUGUCCGAUGAGCUGUUGAACAUGAUUAGGGACCUCAAGGCCGAGAGGGAUGAGCUGAAGAGGGAUGUGGACGGGUGGAGGCAGAGGGUUGGGGAGGGCGAAAAGACGAUCGGUCUUCUCUCCAAGAGAGUCGAAUGUGAACGGAGGGAAGCCUGGGUUGCCAGAGGACGAGUUGGUGUUAUGACGCAGGAGAAGGAAAUAUUAGAGAAACAGGUUGAGACAGAGAGACAGGAGAAGGACGAGCUUUUCACCAAGGUUGAGAACUUGGAAGAGGAGAAUGGACGGACGUUGAAGAAGCUUGAAGACAGAGAGAACCGGCUAAAGGAUGUGGAGGAAGAGUGUGCGGCAUUGAAGCAACAAAUAGAACAAGUACAGCAGGAAAGAGACGAGGAAAUCCGCAGACUUCAAGAAGAGCUUUUGCUGGCCAGAAAUAGUCCACGUGUCUUAGCCUCGACUUCUGUCUCACAUGCUUCUCGCACUACUUACUCUUUACCUUCCUCCGAAGUCGACGAUGAGGGAGAUGUUCCCAUGGACGCCUUUGAGGACUCGGGUGAAAAUGAUACUGAGGCGGAUGAAGCCGACGAAGAAGGGGAGGACGAAGAUCAGGAAGAUGGUCUCGCUGGAUAUGAGGAUGAGGAUCCUCUUGAUCUAGAGGAGUCUGUCUCGACGUUCUCGGAUGACGAUACAGAGGAUUUCGCACCUGCACGGAAGGUUGCGCCUCCUUUUACUCCUCACGCACAGAUUGCGGCACAACAACCACUCCCUACACCUCCUUCCAGUGGACUACAGGCUGGGUGGAAGUUCCCUUCCAAGCCUAUGGACUCCCCAGUCACUCCUUCCCAGCCAACUGGGAACAGGCGUGGACAUAGGGCAGCCAGAAGUUUGAGCACACCCUGGACGUUCCCCAAAGCAGACGCGCCCUCUUCCACGGCUACAAUAACGCCCGCUACCGAGGACGACGAAGUUGAUCGCUUCUUCGGAUGCUUUGACGAUUCCUCGAGCAGUGCCUCGUCGCCCUCCACUUCACUGACCACACUAGAUGAACCUUACGACUACGAGAGGAAGGAUGCCUUCACUUCUGGUUUACGGUCUUCUGGUCUUGGGCUCAGCCUCGGCUUGGGAAUAGAUGAUGAGAGUUUCGAGGAAGAGGAAGACGACGAGGCGUUUCCAUUUGAACUGAGGGGUGUUGGCGUUGAGGUUCCCGUCUCAUCAUCUGUACUCUCUGGCCCAUCGGCAACCACAUCCUUGGAUGUCGUUGUUGAAGAGGAUGAAGAGGAACAUGAAGUCGAGAUUGAGGAGAAGGAGGAUGAAAUGAUGGAGAUGGAGAUGGGCGAGGAAAUAGAAAUCGGGGGGAUCAAGAUUACUUUUACGCCUCCUCGAGACGAAGAAGAUUCCCCGUCUUCAUUUUACUCUGGGCCUGGGCCAGAAGGUACUGAGCAUAAGGAAUCUAGGGAGGAAGCUUGUAUGAGGGAGAUCCUUUCUGAGGUUGUCCCCUCUGAACCCGUGUUAGCGACGCCGCCUCCUGUAAGCCGGACUGCAUCAAUUCCGGUUCCUAUUUUGGUGUUCAAUGAACCUGACUAUUCGGACGAGGAGGAGGAGGAAGAAACGGAAGAGGAGCUUACUUUCCGUGUUAUUGCCCCGUCGUCUUCAGCGACAACGUCGACAAAGUCUUCCAAUACUUGUUGGUCAACCACCGAAUCUACAUCGACUGUCCAUACGACGUAUGCUUCCCCAAAGCUGACACCAGUGAAAGCUAGCUCUAUCCCUAUUCCCCGCUCUUCCUCUUUCAAGUUCCCUUCUAUUCAAGUGACUCCUCCUAGUCUCGUUCGGAGCGUCAGUACCUCUUCCAGUUUCUCAUCCGCUUCUUCUCUUUCGUCGAGCACUUCGACCUUAUCCUCCGCGACUCCACCCACUUCUGCUUCGGUGCUAUCAAGGUCCCCGUCGCCAUCUCGACUUCCAAGGUUGUCUUCCUCUCCUUCUGACACGUUUGGCAGCCGAGCCAGUCCAAGUGGAUUUCGCUCUACAUCACCAUCAUCGUUUAAUGCGUUCAUUACCCCGCCCACAAAACGAGGGGGUGUCAUGUCACCUUCGCUGAUUCCUCAACCGUCACCCUCGAAGAGACCGACCUCCCCUUCGCGUAAAGCAGACGGAUUUCCUAUUGGACAUGGGGCAACUUUCAUCAGGCAACCAAAGAAGCAGACGGGUGUAACGUUCACUGGCAACAAGUGUACAUCAUCCUCUGCAGAAGCCGACGAUAUCCUGUUCAAUCCCGUACUGAAUGAUGAAGAGGAAGCUCCUGCUACACCGCGAGCGUCCUCCUUUUCAUUUUCUCCGCCAACCUUAACGUCGUUCAAGUCUCUCUCGUCCUUCAUGCCAUCUAUCCCUAUCACAUCUCUUUGGUCUAUCGAAACCCCACAAAAAGACAAGUGCACAAACGUUCAGAGUGUUGAGAAGAAGUAUGUGUCGAAGGAGGCCCAGUUAGCGAAAUUGAGAACUCAGUUAAAGACUCAAAAUUCUGGUGCAGGCAGUGGUGUAUGUGGAAGAUGUAGUCCGAGUGGUGUGUCUCUCUAA